AGACUUGGAAAUCAUGUUUUAAUCACUAUGAAUCACCUUAAGCUGGUUGUGGUCGGUCCAAAUGAGUGUGGAAAGUCGUACAUCUGCAAUUUUCUUUCCGAAACUGUAGAUCAGGUUACCGGUGAAUACCAUCCAACUAGCGGUGUCAGAAUAUUAGAAUAUGAACAAAAAAUCAAGGUGAAAGGAAAAACUGGUAAGAUCGAAGUCGAAUUGUGGGAUGCAAGUGGUGACAAGAAAUUCGAAGCGUGCUGGCCGGCUAUUUUCAAAGGGUCUCAUGGGGUAGUUUUUGUGUAUAACCCAGAUAAUCCUUGUCAUAUAGAGGAUUUAUAUAAUUGGUAUCGAUUAAUACCGCCUUAUAUAGGUUUAGGCGAACAGCAUAUGUGUAUCAUUUGCCACAGAAAACCAGACGCAUCUAACUGUGACCAGAUUUCGCUGCCAAAUGACAUACGAAAUAUACUUCAUCUAUUUUCUAAUAUACCGAAAGAUGGCGAAAAACUCAGACAGCAGUUCGGAAAAUUUGUAUCACAUGUAGCUUGGGGCAGAGUGGAAGCAAACGAACAAGAAGAGCUCAAAAUAAUGAAUGGUUAAAUACGAAUUUUGUUUGAAUAUAAACAUUUAGCUUCGUAUUUGUAACGUGUUAAUAAUAUAUAUCUCAUAUCGUUUUCAGCCUCUGCUUUCGACAUUUAGUCCAGCAUAAAUGAGUGAUCACAGAAACGUUAAAUUUCUUUGACGUUUUACAUCGUGCAUAUACAAAUCGUAAAUGCGACAGUUAGGCCACUG